AUGACCGACACGGCUACAAUUUCGCCAGGCGAUGUGGACGCCAUUGUGGAUGCUUUCAAUGGUCUCCUCAAGCCCCACGGCUUUCAGGUGCAUCCGUUCCUCGUCAGCUGGUACAACGAAUUCUGCUCACCACCUGCCUACGAGCAGUUUGCUUGGCCCAAACAAUUCUCGCCCCUGGAUCCCCUCGACCGUUCUGUCUAUCUGCGUAUCACACAUGCAAUGCGCACCUUUUCCGACCAUCUCCCCCUCGAUGAACAUCACCACCUGGAGGGCGUAAUAGAACAGAUUAAAAGGUGUCACUGGCUGCCAGACUAUGCCCUUCGACCCGUAACUAGGAUGCCACUGGUCUCAGAUAAGCCACAGUAUCUUUGA